UGUGUAUGGUCUGUUUUGAAUUCGAACAAAAUCAAAACACUGAGAUCGUAUCGCAAUCAUCUUAAGUUCUUAAGUAACAAACUAGUUUUGCAAUCACUUUAAUGUCAUCUCUUCUAAAUAUUCUGUCGUCCAAUGUGAUUCGACACCAACAUCUAUUUUGUCGGGUUUCGCCGUUUACUACGGAAGCAGUACGAAAUGGCCUGAAAUUGAGUGACACCUGUGUCAAGCGCUUGAAGGAGAUUUGCGAUGAUAAGAAAUUUCUUCGUGUUACGAUCGAAGGUGGAGGAUGUUCCGGAUUUCAGUACAAAUUUGACAUAGAUGAAAAACUCGAAUCGGAUGAUUUGGUUUAUGGACCUAGCAAUGCCCGGGUGGUGAUUGAUUCAACUUCGAUUGAAUAUGUGGAUGGUUCAACGAUCGACUUCCAUUCAGAAUUGAUACGAUCUGGCUUUAGGAUUAUUCAUAAUCCCAAAGCAGAGCAAGGAUGUUCCUGUGGAGCUUCUUUCGCAAUCAAAAUUUAAUGGAAACAUUCGACUUAAGUGCUUGGGAUUCGUUGAUUGCUGUAUAAAUUUUAUAUUCAAAUAGAAGAGUUUAUAGAUUGCUUUAA